AUGCCAGUCCACUACGCUUAUGCAGCUGAUAUGACCGGUCCUGAUGGGUACAGGUACCUCCUUACCUUUGCCAGUCAAGAAGUAUCAAAUCAAUGGUGGAGGGCUAUACAAGAUCAAGCCGCACGUGGCACCAAAGGCUACAAGGAUGUUCAACGCAUAUCCUCGCAAUCGUACCGUUUCUCCACGGUCACCUUUGGUGCAUUCCAUACUGCAGUCUAUCCUGAUAUGCCUUUGGCUAGAUUUGCUGGCAUUGUCGUUUAUACAUGGCUACCCGACACCGGCUCAGGUGACCGUCCUAGACUAUGGCCUCUUCCUCCUCCGCCUGAAAGGGAUGUGAUCCCUAACAACAGGCAAGUUUUCAACCCCCUCCUCCAGGGAGUCAGCGGGCCCCGAAGAGCGACCAGCACCAGCUUUGUAAUCAAAACUAACCAGUAUGCGCGAACGAGGUUUCGCAUUGAACUCGAAAACAGGCAUGGCGAUGGCUCGUCAGAAACAUUCAAUCCCGUGGUCUUGAUAGACAGUGACAAGAUAUACAUCAGGCUGGCUAUUAGUUCCGCUGGUUAUGUGGUAGAACUGCCUAAUGGUAAUCUUGGAGUCUCGGGCCAGGCGACUGUAUUCACCUUUGGCGACUUCAAAAGGCGCUUCGCGACUAGAACGGGCAACGACAAUGCCGUCGACUGGAGCGAGGCUAAAGAUAAUGUAGAUCCUGCAAAGUGCGGCAUCUCUGCUAUUUACGCUGAGGACCAUGCUGGCAUUGAGUGGGAGUUAGUUUAG